ACUCGCCCCUGUCCACUGCUGCGGCUCACCGCCAGUAUGAUCCCUAACGCUGUCUUCCUCACACUAUCUGUUUGUUUGGGCCUGUUUUGCCCGACUGCCUCCUCUCAUGGGAGAUCUGCUAAGAAGGCAGGCUGCUUCAGAGUCAACAGCUGCAAAUGCAUCAUGGAGAAUGGCAGCGGAGUUAUAAACCUGAAGGCUAUGGGAGAUGCAGACGGCUUCCUGGGUCGUUUGAAGCCCGUGGCAGCGGGCAGUGUGGUCCCGGUGGACACAGAAGUCCUCGUGUCCUUCAGCCCCUGCCAGCAUUUCUCCCUGCCGGAUGACUUCACAGGAAGUGACUGCACCGAUGUCGCAGCAUGCCUCAUUGUCAGGGAUCACAGGCUCGGCGGACACAUCAGCCAGUAUAUCAACUAUGGAAACCAUGAAGGGAACAAGUUCUACUACAACGACACACUAAAGCUGCUGUCUGUCUCCUACUUUGCUCACAACAAGGACCCAAUGACAGUCGUGCAUUACCACUGUAAUCCAAAUCAGUCCACGUCUGUCAUCCAAGAGCAGAGCCUGAGCAGCAGGGAGCCCCUGCAGAUCUGGGUGGAGAGCCUCUGUGCUUGUCCAAAUGCCUGUGCCGUGGGAGACCUGGGUCUAGGCACCAUCUUCCUCAUCAUCCUCUCCUUCAGUGCAGCUGCAUACUUCCUCCUUGGCUCCUGUGCACUGAGACCCUUUCGCAGCAGCAGUGGUGCCCAGAUCUCUCCAGAGCACAGUGUGUGGUGCAUGAUCUGCUACCUGUGUGCUGACAGGAGGCCAGCAAGAAGACACUACACAGAUGCGACAGAUUGCAGGCAGGACGACGAACACUGCAGCUCGCCUCAGCCUGGCUCUAUUCUACAGUGUGCUUAAAGCAUAAUGAGAAAAAUCACACACCUCUUACAGAACAAGUCAGACCCUACAGUUGUUUUGUUGAAUCCUUAAUAACAGACACUUUAACACUAUCAACCAGCAGUGACGAUAGCAAUAACAUACUG